ACCGCGCGCCUAGAGCGCGGCGUAGAGCAGCGCCCACUGGAGAGAAGUCGGAAGCGAGGAUCGCGCCGUCCCACCCCGCCCAACAGCGUCCACGCCGCUCCCGCACCCUUACCCCUGCCGGCCCCUGCAGGGCGCGACCGGCGGCCAUGCAUCCCCGGGGCUGAGGCGGCCCCAUGGCGAAGCCCGCGUCCCCGCGGUCCGGGCAACGACGGCGCAUGGAGAACUUCCGUAAGGUGCGCUCAGAGGAGGCGCCGGUGGGGGGCGGGGCCGAGGGGGGCGGCGCGGGCCCGGGCCCUUUCGCGGACCUGGCGCCGGGAGCCGUGCACAUGCGGGUCAAAGAGGGCAGCAAGAUCCGGAACCUGCUGGCUUUCGCCACCGCCAGCAUGGCGCAGCCAGCCACGCGCGCCAUCGUCUUCAGCGGCUGCGGUCGGGCCACCACCAAGACCGUCACGUGCGCAGAGAUCCUCAAGCGCCGCCUGGCGGGCCUGCAUCAGGUCACGCGGCUGCGCUACCGGAGCGUGCGCGAGGUGUGGCAGAGCCUCCCGCCGGGGCCCACACCGGGUCAGGAGCCUGGUGAGCCGGCCGCCAGUCUCAGUGUACUUAAGAACGUGCCCGGCCUCGCCAUCCUACUUUCCAAGGAUGCACUGGAUCCCUGCCAACCCGGCUAUCAGCCCCCGAACUCCCAUCCUGCACCCUCGUCCCAGCCAACUGCACCGACGUCCAAGAGGAGCUUAGGGGAACCCGCAGCUGGAGAAGGCUCUGCGAAGCGGUCACAACCUGAGCCAAGUGCUACGGAAGAGGACCAGACGGCCUGAGAACUCGUGGGUCUGGGCCACCUACACUGGCUGGGUCUCACCCGCAGCGCCUCGACCUUGAGACAUAUCUACAGACUUUUACGCCUCGGUGCUCUGGACACAGCUCCUCAGACUGUCAGCGUGGAGCACAAGGCAACAAGAGAGGGACCCUAGGGAAGCUUCGUGGGUGGUUGCUUCUCUACUUGUGUUGCCUGAAGACGCAGAACUCCCACCUUCAGCUUUUCUGAGCCAUACUAGGACCUUCCUGGAGGGGGGGGCGAAGGUGGGUGGUGGUUGGCAGUGAAACUCUUGAGCCUUGCUCAAGACCCCCAAGGGUUAAAGGCAUCCAGUAUUCAUGCGGGGGCUGGAGUGUGGAAGCCCGGGAAAGCUCUUGGAAUCAUCUUAAUUGGUGGCUAAGGGCCAAGGGUGAGAAGGCAACUGCUGGAGGGCAGGGGAGUCUGAGUUGGGGGGGAGUGUAUUCUGCACGUCCCCUGGGACACCACUCCCUUCUAGUUUUCCUUACCCUGCUCUUAAGGAGCAUCCUGAGAUCAUACUGCAGGAGUGCCUCCGUGGAUGGACUCUAGCUCUUUUAACACACCCCCCCCCCCCACUUCCCCACUGGCCCAGAGGGAGAGACCCAGCACAGAAGUCUAUGCCUACUCCCUGAAUCUCACAGCUGGAGUCCUGCUUCCAAUAAAACAAAAACAAAAAAUGGCUCUGGCCCCAGGUUUUUUCCUUAUCACUUAACCUAGGUGGAGGCUGUUUUGGCCUGCCCGCCUGUGUCUCAGUCCCCACCAGCGUGGAGUCCUUGGCCUUUGGAGUCUUCAGGGUCAGGCACAGAGACUGGGUCACCUCAAAAUGGAGCAAGAGGUACAUUGUCCAUUUUCUGGCUUCUCCCUCUCCCAGCCUUCCCUGGCUGGCUCUAGCCUCAGGGGCUUGUGGCCAGAAGGGGGCCUUUGUCCCUUGAUGCAUUACCUCUGAGGGUUGGUGCAUUACCACAUUGCUUUUCUGAGAAGGGAAGGAAGGCAAGCACCAGUGAACUCUCCUGAGGGUCACUGCCAAGGAAAGCAUACCCCACUGGGUUCCCUAAACCCGCAGCCUCCUGCCAAUUGACAGCCUUAUCCAGAAAGCUGGCACAAAACCCCUCAUCGCCAUCGGUAGGAUCUCCCCUUCACUGCUCGCUCUCUCUCAGAAAGGACAGCACACCCUUGGGAGAGGGGGAGGAGUGAGGGUGAGGAGAAAGAAUGAGCACAAAUCCACUGCUGGAAAUUACUAUUCAGCAGAGAAGCUGGAACUUGGGCUGUGAAUCACUGCAGGCUCCCUGAUAAGCUGCUGCCUCCAGCCCUGCACAGCUGUCUGUUGAGAGAUAACAGCCUCAUAAGCCAUUCUGCCCAACUCAUAGUUGGGUGGGGGGAGGGGUGCUGUGUACAGAAGGACUCUAGCAGGUGAGGGUGGGGGCAGCACAGAGCUCCAGGAUCUCAGAAACAGACCCUACCACGUGCAACUCAACACCACCUCUGGAAAAGAGAUGGGGAGAAUGUAAGUCACUUCGCUGGCAGAAUCCUGAAUAAAUUCUUCCGGUGACAAGAGGUGAGUUUCUGCAGCUGAGAGAAGGGUCUCUUCAGGGAGUUGUCCCCCACCUAUAUUUCUCCUUGAGCUUUGGAUCAGUGAGCCCUGUCAUCUAGACUCUGGCACGGUUUACCCUCCCCAAUUUCUUGUUCUUGAUGAGUCCCUGGGAAAGGCCAAGGGGUUUAUGUGUACUUGUCUGACCCUCUCACAGGUGGUCCAAGAAAGCUGGAAAAAAUGCACUAGGUGCCCUGGGCUGGUCCUGGGCUUUGUGCCUCUAAAGGAAAUGAUAAAACUUGGAAGAGGCCCUGCAUGGUAGAAGCUUACAGAAGACUGGUCUUGGUUCUGGAAAAGGGCCAACUUUCCAAAACCAGUAUCUGAAGUCCUGAUUGCCAGGUCACCAAGACUAUGCAAGCAGAGGCUUGUCCGGGAGGGGAGGCUGCAGAGGCUUUCUUUUUUUGAUGGCAAGGAUCAGCGAAGUCCCUUUCCUGCCUAGAAACUCAUCCUGUGGCAUGGGGAGAGGGGCUUGUUUCCCCACCUUUAGGGCAUUAACCUGCCCUGAUGGUGGGCUGAGCUGCCCCCCGUACCAGAAAGCAAGUAAUGAAACACUUUCUUUUCUGCACCCCCACUCCACCCCAGCACAUUCAGUUCCCAAGCUUUUGAUAGGUGCUUAUGGGUGCCAGUGGAACCCAGCACCCAUGAGCACCCCAUCCCCACCUUACUGAUCCUCUGGCCCUGCUGACCCAGGAGCAGGCUCCAAAGGAAGGUGACAGAUAUGCAUAUACACCCGCCUCCCCCCCCCCCCCCGCCCCCAAGACUGAGGUGGGAACCUGAGAAGUGCUGGAAUAAGGGGGGAGUGGCUACAGGAGCACUUCAGAGAUGGCUCCCUGACUUGUGGCAGAACCAGAGGGAGCAGAAGCUCCUCUGAAAGACCCCAUCUUUCCAACAGUGACCUCUAUCCAGGAGCUUCCUGGGCCCUGGCUUGGGGCAGUUGGAGCUAGGGGGCAGUGAAGUCUCACAUCCACAACAUCGUUGGGUCACACAGUCAAAAUCCAUUUGGGAACAUAAAUGUAUAUAAUACAAGGACGGAGCAUGUGGUCAAUGGGCAGUGGACCUCCAGCUGGGCAUUAAGGGACUUCAUUAUUGUUGUACCAGAUCCCAGUCUAGGCACAGGGUGGGGCUAGGGCAGGGGGCUAGGGGAAAGAAUCACAGUAAAAUCAGACAUUAUUCCUGCCUCGAGGACGUCCCAGUUAGUGGAAAGAAAGAAAAGAAAGUUAUAACACAAUGCAAUGGUAGUGGGAGAAGGUGGGAGCUCUGAGAAGGGGCGCUUGAUGCACCCACAGGUGCUGAUGCAGCUGGUUCCCCAAGGACCAGAGGAGUUAGCCAGCUGAGUAGGACUGGUCUGGCAAUUCUAGGCAGAGCACAGAGAGGUGAUGCUCUGUCUCGUGUUGAGGCAGCCACAAGUAUCUGAAGGAUACAAGUAUCUGAAGGAUAUCUGGUUUUGUUUGACAUCUGCUGAUUAUCAUAGAUAUUGUGGGUUGAAGUGUGUCUCCCUCGCCACCCCCCAAAAGAUAUUUUGAAGCCCUAAUCCUGGUACCUGCAAAUGUGACUAUUUGGAAAUGGGUCCUUACAGAUGUAAUUAAUAUGUAAGAAGGGGUCAUACUGAAGUAGGAUGGGUCCUUAAUCCAAUAUGACUGGUGUCCUUAUGAAAAGAGACAGACAUGCAGAGAGAAAAACAACAUCUGAAGACGUAGUCAAAGAUUGGAGUUACAAAGCUGCAAGCCAAGGAAUGCUGAGGAUUGCCCGCAAACAAUAGAAGCUAAGAAAAAUGCACGGAAGAUUCUUCCCCGGAUCCUUCAGGGAGAGCAUGGUCCUGCCGACAACUUGAUUUUGGACUUCUAGCUUCCAGAACUAUGAGAGAAUAAAUUUCUGUUGUUUCAAGUCA